UUCCUGUUUUGUCGUACGACAAACCAGCAUAUAAAACUGGAGCAGAAAUAUCAAAAGAAACCAAGAACGAAAAAAAAAGUUUGAAUCAAAACAGAACUUAAUAAAGAAAGAAAAAUAAUAAUCAAAUUAGUCAAAAUGAUUUCGAAAAUAAAUUCUCUUUUUUUUAUGUUAUUUUUUGUAGCCGUAUUAAAUUUUAGUUAUGGAAAACCGCAAUGUGGAAUGAGAUGGAGAAGUCCUUGCGCAAAGAAAUCCAUGUUGCAACGAGGUUUCAAACGCGAAAGAAGUCGACUUGUGGUUCCAAAUGAUUUGCUGGACGAAAUUGAAAGAGAGGCAUCCACAGAAGAAUCAACAGCAGAAGAAGAGGAAGCAAAAAGAAUCAAUAUUAUUCAAAAGGAAGCGGAUAGUUUAUUUCAUAGAAACCUGGUUGAAUUCCUGAACGAAUUUAAAAAUAAAAAGGCUUCAGUUUAAACUUGUGAAAUGACAAAUUAGAAUUUUUUUAAGAUUUAUUUUUUUUCUUUCUUGACGAAGUUGUUUACUUAUUCAUAUUUACCAAAUAAAAAUAAUCUGGAUAGAUAUUUAUAUUUGUAGUUUUCCUGAUAGAUAUGUUCAUUCACGAA